AUGGCUGCAGGUUUCUGUCCCGACAAAGUCCUGAUUUAUGAUCAUAUUGUCCGGCGUGAACCUGUCGAUGGCUUCACAGCAUACCCACCCGACGUACUAGAUAUACAUGAGAAUCUUACGUCUGAUUUACGAAGUCAUAUGGCAGCAGUCGCUGAUGUUGUUUGGGGCGCACCUGUACGCGAGAGGAUGAAGAAAACCCAGCGGCUUGAGGAGCUUCAGCUUUGGGGGCAGUACCAGGGUGUUUCUAUCUUCUUGGAGUGGGAGACGAGCAAUAGUAGAUUACGACGGUUCGUGGUAUUCGUUUGUCAUCCUGAGGCUAUGAUUUAUGCUGACCCGACUACGUUGGGUAAAAAGCAAGAUCUUCACCUCCAGGUGGCUGCCAAAUUAGCCAAAAUGUAUAUCCCCGAUAAGUUCUACGAAGAAAUCUACCAACGGGGAAGCCAUAAGUUCUUAUUGGGGGCAGAGCAUGCCAGACGGGCUGCGUUAAACGGAGAAGCGAUUAUCCAACUUGAAAGCAUUGCGUACCGGUCCCGAUCACCCACCGAAAUCGAUCGGCAAAGACGUAAUCGUAUUCCGUAUCUUGAACGCAAGAAGCUGCGCCAGUAUCCUGGACUGUGUGGGUAUUUGGACAAGACAGACGAAGAAGAAUUUGUGAGAUUGGACGAGGAGAUCAAGGCUCUAGAACAUGCGAGUCAAUAA